AUGGACAUCUGGCGUGCAGUGUGGCUUACUCAGUUUAUCAUUGUGUUUAUAAUCAACGCCUUCACUCUCUUCGUCUUUGUAAGGAACCGCCAUCUACGCAGGCGCAACAAGUACUUGAUAAUGAACCUAACUGUGGCUGAUUUACUGAUAGCAGCCAUUUCAGGACCUGAAAACAUUCUGCUUCUUAAAGCAAGCAAAAGACCGAAAAGAGGCUUCGGGGUUUUACAUGUAUAUUUAAUAAUCUCGGACAUGUGUUGGAUAGCUUCACUGGCUAACCUAGUUUUAAUUUCUUUAGAGCGAUUGCACGCAACACUUUACCCAUUUAAGCAUUGCUUAGUUAGGAAAGGUAUUUACCAUAAGAUUAUCAUUUUUAGUUGGUUCGGAGCUUUGACUCUAGCAUGUGGUCUACAAAUCAGUCGCAUGAUUGAUGUCCCCCUCGCAGAUCGAUACCCCUGGGUAAUUUAUAUUUCUCUUACCCUUGCCGUACUAAUAACAUCUUAUGUUAUAAUUAUG